AUGCUCUUCUCUCUCUCCGCCACAACCUUCAAAGCCAAGACCUUCCCCGCCGUCACCGUCGAGCCUGCCACUGGAAUUGGGCCAGCUUUCACAGAUUCUUCGCCGGCCUCGUUCUCUCUCCUCCGGCCACCAAAUCCGACACCUGAGAGUUCACCUCCCUUGGCUCAGCCGUCAUCUGCUGCCAUUGCUCCAACACUGAUGGACCACUUGCCAGUUGGUCCCGACCCGCCAGGCAUCAUCACCGGCCCGCCAGCACCACCGACACGACAUCGACAGACACUACUGGUGCGUCAGGCCAAGAACACCUGGGGGCCGUGUCGGCAGUUGAAGACGGCGAAGGUCACUCAAGUGACCAACAGUCGUAUCAAUAUCGGAUAUGACGAGCGGCAUCGGGCUACACCGACAGCAGAGUUGCAUAGCUUAUUGGCCCACAACAUUGGCCACGUCGUUCGGACCCAUUGCCCGAUGCAAUAG